AAGUUCUUAAAUUUGUUAAAUGAAAAUCGAUUUUAUUCGUAUUUAAACAGCCAAAACUUGUUGUUUUCCGCAAGUGGGCGCGUUUCAUUCAGCCGCUUUUCCAUUUUCGCUUUUCCUGCGCGAGGAACGGGUUUUCCACCGAAGCCUUAUGUUGUUUCUUUUUUUUCUGGCUGAAAAACUAAAUUAAAACGAGAGACUCUAGCGGCAAAUUAAUCGAUGUGCGGUGGAUACUUUUAAUUUGCAGAUUCAACAUCGAUUUUUCCUUUGAGCGCUCAGCUGCAGUGUGUUGUGUAUGUGUUGGUGUGUGAGUGCGAGUCCUGGCAAUACAAAUAAACCGUUGGGUUAGGUAAACGGAACAACAAAAGGAUACAAACCAUAUUGAGAGAGAGAGAGAGAGGGAAUAAGAGAACGUGCGACAGGAACUCGUCCUUUAAGUGAUCACUCAUUCACGCUCCUGUUCUCUCCUAUUUCCAGUUCCUGCAGCUGUCACUGGAAUUCGCGCGUGUAUGUGUGUGUGUGGGAGAGAGAGAGAACUCCGGGGUGAUAAUUCCAUAUUUCUUCCCAUCUCUCCAUCCCUCCUUCCGCUGCCGCCUGUGCGUGUGAGUGUGUUUGUGCAUUCAAUUUGCACAAAAUUGAAGCGCUAAAUUCGCAAAUUUCCGUCCGCGACUCGCUGCCAUCCAUUUUCUGCACUCCCCCCCAAGAGAGCCAGAGCAAUAAUAGAAUUAUCAGGCAGCGGGGAAAUAGCAAAGUCGAAAAGAGAAUGCCCUGGGAGGCCGUAACGCCUCGACCCUCUGACAUUUCCAUCGUCGCCCACUGAAGAAGGAACAGCCGCAGAAAACAACAACCUCAACAACAAUUCGACAAACAAACAAACAAAACAAAGAAAAAAACAUAAAAACAGCGAACGAAUCAACGAACCAAACUCCAGCAGCCUCAAUCGCUUGGCACAGUUUUACUCCUUCAACUCCAACUCCGUGGAGCUUGGCCAUGUCCGCCACUCUCUUCGAGAUGGCAUCGCAAUCGGAGGAACAGCAGCAGCAGGAGCAGAUGAUCUGCCUGGAGGAGCAGCAGCUGGUGGUGGGCAUGACCAGCCUGGAGCUGAGUGAGUCGGGUGUGGCGCCCAGCAAUUGCGAUGGCAGUGACAGUGGUCUGGAUGUGGCCAGCAGUUGCUGCCUCUCGCGAGUGACCCUGCAACGUGUCAGCAGCACCAGUGGUGGCUACACCAGCAGCAAUGGCCUGGAGGAUAUCUAUGACAGUUGUGAGCUAAGGACCAGCACCACCACCACAACGGUCAUCCAAACGCCCAGUGAGGCGGGCAGAAAAACAUCGCCGCCGCGAAGAACAAAUGGUUCGGAAAAGAAGGUAGCCAUGUUCGAGCCCGAGCAGGCGGCAACUACGCCGGCCAAGGAUCAACUACGAGGACGGGUGGCUAAUCUCAAGAGAGCGAGAGCUUGCCCGGAACAGUGCGGUGCCGGCUCACCUGCCACACCUGCCAACAACAACAAAUCGCGCCUGUCCUGCUCCUUCCGUGUGCCCAGUUCUACGGCCACGCCCACAUCUGCACGCCUGACACGCCCUCAGAAACCGGAUACCCUGCAUGCCCUAAAUCGAGCGCAGUCUGUCCAGCGGCUAGCCCAGGUUCAGAGAACUCCCUCGUUGAGCCGGGCCCACCCGGGCACUCCCUCCGACGAUGGCCGUUGGCCGCUAUCGAGGAGCGCUCGUCGUGGAAUGUCAGUGACCCCGGAUGCCGCCAACCGGAUGCGAGGAAGUCCAGCGCCCGGCGGAACCUGCCCACGCCGGAAGCAGCAGUCCGUGGAGGAUCUCACAGUCGGUCGCCUGUCCAGGAGCAAUUCCAUCAGUCGUGCGGCCGCUGUGGAUGCCCGCAUGACUUCGUGUAUGGUGGUUCCUACGAGUCGCAGGAGCUUGGCUCCCGCCACCGCCAAAGUGAACUCAUUGCGAAGACCACAGCCGGUGACGCCCAGGACGCGAAUCUAUCAUGAGACUGCAGUGCAAACGGCAUUGACCAGCGAGGAUUUGGAGCAAGUUCUGGGCGGUGGCCUUCUGCAGACUCGCGCCCUGGAUGCUGUAGAGCAGCGGAAUCAAGCACCAGGCGGAACCUGAUCAGAGAGACUCCGAAUAGAGCAACUGCGUCAGGGUCGCCAACUGAGUGGCAAACUACAGAGGGAACGGGAGGAAAGCUGGCCAUGCAGCAGAGUGCACCUGAACACAGAGCGGGUCAUGGGCAUGCUGGAGCUGGCCCGAGUGGUCAGUGCCAGUGCCGGAACCCCCACGUCGGAUGACAGUGGCGAUGGCAGUGGCCACGACAGUCUCCUGAUGUUGGAAUCACAGAUCCAGAUGAGCGGUCACGAGCUAUUUGAGCGCCAGCAGGAAAUAGGUCAGCUGAGGGCCAUGUGUCGCGCCCUCCAGAUGGAGAUGCGUCGAUCCUUGGCCACGCAGCAAGUUCUCCCAGAGAAGGCCGCCAUCGAACAGGAAUCGAGCGAACUGCAGGAUUUCCUGCAGCACGAGAAGGCGGCACAGUGUGAUGCCCUGCGAGAGCUUGAGGCGGACUAUCAGGCAGUCAUCCCACUGGCCAACCGCGAGGAGGACAAGGUCCUGCGCGACGAGUGCCGACAUCUGGUGAGACUCAAUGAGCAGCGCCGUCAAGAGAACCGCCUGCUACAAACAAAGUACUCCGCCUUGGAGAACAUCCGGGAGCUGAUCCACCAGCAGAAUGCCUCGGUGGCUGGAGCCUCCACAGCUUCGGGACUGCACUCACGUCUGGACGGACUGGUGGAGCAGCUGGUCUAUUCCUACAGUAUUUCCGAGCAGGACUUGGAGGACAUUCGCUUCCAGGCGGAGUCGGAACAGGUUCAGAACGGCCAAAGGCAUGGCCUGGACUGCCCAUUUGCCCGCAGCUAAUGGGAUGCCAUUCACACCCUCGUCCUGGCCAGUGAUGGUUCCCUUUCACCGCAGCGCAAUCAGUUUAUUGCCGCCGUCAUCGGUGCCAUUCGCCAGGCCACCACUCACUCCGGCAAGCGUCUUUCCCUUCGCCAGGCGGGUAAACGGAAUGGAGUGGGAGGAGGCUCUGCCCAGGCCACGAGCACAGCUGGAGCCACGGGUCAGGAGCCACAAGGCAAUGGGGACGACUCCGACUCCACGGAAAUGCUGGACUCGGAGACGGAACCCUGCCUUCUGAUGAUGGACAACGUGUUGGAGGAUGUCGUACACCACGACUCCCAUUCCCACAACAUGGUUUCCUCCUGCACGGGUAUGAUCUCCCAAAUAGAGUUGCCCACGGAAUUGAUUAGCCAGUGCAGCCAUCAAAACAAUAUCAAUGGAUGUGGAGGCGAUGACUCCCUCCAGCAGCUGUCCCAGGCCAUCACCAAUCGUCAGCAAAUGGAGCUGCACAUGCAUAAGAUGAGUGCCAUGCCCAUGAAUCCUCGGGAUCAGUGUAACACAGAGGAGCUGAGCUGCCACGAUUCGCUGGCUGAAUUGGCGGAACUGCUCCUGAUGGAGUACAGCACCGCCCAGGCAGUCGUAGAUCAGGUGAUCGAAGUGGACACCUUGGUGACCAAAUUGCUCAAGGUCCUGAGACUGGUACAGCUGGACAAUGACAACUGCAUACAGCAACUAAUUGUUGACAAAAACAAGCUGCAGCAGCACAAGGAGGACAUGCUGGAGAAACUAAAAGACUUGGAGGACGUCAAUCUGAAGCUGCAGGACGAACUCAUGGAUGCCACCCAGGAGCUGAUGAUCAAGGGCAGUGAUCUGAGCGGAGCCAAGGCCGAAAUGCAGCGGCAUCGCAACGAAAUCGACCGCCUGAACGAGGACAUCUGCACCCUGAGCACCUUGUGCAGCAGCUACAAGAAGCUGUCGCCCACCACGGAGUUCCCGCCCAUGAGGCUCCUUUCGCCGAAUCAGGACUCCGAGCAGGGCGACACUUUGGGCACUAAUCUCCUCAAGAUGUGGCAGGCCGGUGGCCAGUUGCAGGACCCAAGGGUCAGCGGAUACCUGCAGAACGUCAGUGGUAGUCAGGUGCAAAACUCGCCUCAGGACAACAACAAUGUGGAACGCCUUAGGAUCUAUGCCAAUCAAUUGGAGCAUGUGUCUCGUGUCCUGGACGAUGGCCUGCCCAUGGAGCUGCAUGCUCCCCUCCAGCAGCUGCGGCAGGACAUCGAGGUGGUCCGAACGAAUGCCAGUUGGACGCAGCUGCUCGAACAUAACGAAACGGAUCACAAUGCCAAUGGCGAUGUGUCCACGCCUUGAAUUGUGUCAAAAGGAAACUGUUGUUAAUUGUCCAGUUAACUAUAUAUAUUAU